CGCAAGUUGACCGCCUACUUGCCAAGAACCAGGAAAUAGUCAUGAUAUUUUGAUAGCCGACUGGCUCUUGAUUUAAGUCAUUGUGACAUACUUACUUUAUAUUACUUUCGUGGUCGACGGAGUUUGUAGCAGUUAUGGCGUCGUUAUUCAAGAAAAAGACGGUAGAUGAUGUUAUUAAAGAACAGAACAAAGAGUUGCGGGGAACGCAGAGACAGAUUACAAGGGACCGGACAGCACUGGAAAGACAGGAAAAACAGCUGGAGAUGGAAAUUAAGAAAAUGGCAAAGACAGGGAACAGAGAUGCCUGUAAAGUUUUAGCCAAGCAGCUUGUUCAAGUGAGGAAACAGAAGACACGUACAUAUGCAGUCAGCUCUAAAGUCACCUCCAUGUCCACACAAACCAAGCUAAUGAACUCCCAGAUGAAGAUGGCUGGUGCCAUGGCCACAACUACCAAAACAAUGCAAGCUGUCAACAAAAAGAUGGAUCCGCAGAAGACAAUGCAGACCCUGCAGAACUUCCAGAAAGAGACAGCAAAGAUGGACAUGACAGAAGAGAUGAUGAAUGACACACUGGAUGAGAUCUUUGAGGAUUCUGGUGAUGAGGAAGAAUCUCAGGACAUUGUGAAUCAGGUGUUGGAUGAAAUUGGAAUUGAGAUCUCAGGAAAGAUGGCUCAUGCCCCUUCAGCUGGCCGAAAGCAACCAAGCGCCGCUAAAGCCAAAGCAGAUGGGAUAUCAGAUGAGGAGAUUGAGAGACAGCUCAAAGCUCUUGGAGUGGACUAGUGCUCAUACACACACAUGCACACAAUCACCUGAUUACUGCCUGGCAACAGGAGGUGACAGCAACAAACAAACACACAUUAGAAUACAUUCAUACCCAAUAAAAACACUUAGAAACAGAUGCUGAUAAAUGGACAGUCCAAAAGCUUACAUUCACAGUCACGGACCUGCCUACUCUGGGAUAACGUGCCACAGAUGGCAAAUGCAAUUUUUUUUAUUUUUAUUAUUUAUUUAUGACUAUGAGAGAUGACUAUCGAGGUUGAUUAACACUCUUUCAGGAUUCAUCUGGCAUUAGAAGGAUGAAAAUAACAAUAAAAAGUUUGAAUACAAAUGGUGUAAAUGAAUACAAUGCCUUCCAGACUAAGGCAGAUGCAUUCCCAUGAAAUCUACAACUGCAGUCUCUUUGAUCGACAACUCAGAAAAUCACGUUGGUGUAAACAAGUUUGACAGGAGAACUCUACCUCUGUAAACAUAAGACUAAGUCUUUAGUCUUGCCGCGUUUUGUCUUGUCCUUGCGGUACCUUGCUGUUCUCCCGGCGCAUGACAAAACACUUGUGUGAGUCACACUCUAGUUUCCUGUUCUCACCUUCCCUUCGUUUAUGAAUAGGAAAUGACUUGGUUUGUCUUCGAGGUUCAUUUUGGAUAUUUUGAGCACGCAUAUUUUAUUCAGCUGCUUUUCAGAGGGCGAUGCCAAAUCGUAAGAAGUGUGUUCUGGUUGAGCACAUUAUUUAUCCUCCUGGUUUGUCUGAAGAUGGUUGCUCUCCUUCAUUUCUCAUGUGCCUGAGGUAUCAGGUUGAUGGUGUGUGUGUGGUUUUCUUUUGAGCCUGUGUAAGUGCAUUGAUCAAGUCAGUUAUUCUGACUUUAGAGAUACUCCUGUUACUCGUCAUUUUAACAAGUCGGGGUUUGACGAAAGUAAGGGUUGUUUUUUUGAGCAGCACGUGACAGCGGCAUACUGAGCUUGAUCUUUGGAAUUAUCUACAGAAGUUGUAUUUAGGCUGACCUUGGUUAUGCACUGCAACAUAUUGUAAGGAUGUAAAUAGUAUAGGCAUGGAAAGUUGAUUUGUUUAUUGCUUAAUCCACAGUGAGAGUUUUGGAAUAUGGGUGAUGAUUUUUCUUUUUUAGAAUUGUUCACUGACAGCUAUUGUUCAGAUAUAAGGGGAUUGUAUACCCCGUUAACCAUAAAUAAAGUUUUUAAUGAUA